AAACCCGAACGACCAACGACCAGCGAUUAGGUUGCUCGAGGCACCCCGUCCCUGGGGAGGCGUGCAGUCAGUACAGCACUGCUGCUGCUGCUGCGGCUUCGACGGAUGCCAUAACCGCACCCAGCUUGUGCCUUGCGACGUCUGUUGAUGAUUCACGUCUCUCUCAUUUUCCAUGGUUUGAUCGAAUAUGUGCCGUGCUGCCGACGACCCUGAUGCUUCAACACCAAUGGCAGACGAUUCAAUGAGCCCGCCAGCCUCAAAACGGCUGAAGAGGAGUUAUGUCGCUUGCCGGCCAUGCCACUCACGCAAAGUCAAAUGUUCGGGCGGGGAACCCUGCCGGAACUGCAAGCAAUCAAACCGCGCGGAAGAAUGUGUAUAUCCCGUCCGUGACCGCAAGAUAAUUGUAUCAGAGCGCUAUCUCAAACAGAUUGAAGCGGAGAAUAAGUCUCUUCGCGAAGAGCAGCGUAUUGACGGCCGCAUCUCAAUCCCUUCAGAAAGGACCAUUUCGACGCCCGGAUCCGCGACAGAAGAACCAGAAGUGGUUGACAAUACUGUUGAAAGAAAUGUGCACAAUCCUCUCGUGCCGGAGAGGGCACGACUUCUCCAUAAUCUCGACGAUGCGAGGCCGCCAGUGUACAUGGGAGAUUCAGCUUGCUCGGCCUUUGGCGCACGUGUGCGUCAAGUCCUCGAUGGCGACCAGUCGGUGCUUCCCAAUAAACCGGGCAUGUAUUACAGGCAUCGCGUGCUCCAGCGCAUUUGCAAGACGGAAUAUUCUUUACCCAAUCGCAACUACGCAAAUCUACUAGUGAGAGUGGUUUUGCGCUUCAUCGGCUCUGACUAUCAUUUGAUGCUCAAGAAGACAUUCAUGGAGCAGCUCGAUGAGACAUACAAGGGCACGCUUCGAGAUCCGGUUUUUCUCUGUCGCAUGUUUAUCAUCUUUGCGCUUGGCGAAAUGUACUCGUGCAGGCCAACAAGGCCAUCGCGGAACGGCCCAGAAGUACCCGGGACCGGAUUCUUCUUGCAAGCCAUGAGUAUUUUUCAAGACUUGCAUGAAGAGGCUACUGUUUCUUACAUUGAAACCGUUGUUCUUGUUGCCUAUUACUCGUUGGCGUUGAACAGACAAAACACUGCAUUCAGUUACAUGGGAGUGGCACUCCGACUAAGUUUAUCACUUGGCCUGCACCGCAAUGUCGGUGAAGAUAGAAUGAUUGGGCCCGUUGAGCGCGAGCAUCGCCUGCGGGUAUGGUGGACUGUAUACAACUUCGACCGCAUGUGUAGCCUAAAGAUGGGGCAUCCUAUAACCAUUCGGGAUGAGGACAUUGACGCCGAGAUACCUUCGAUGGACUUCCUCACAGAGGCAGAGCAGGAAGAGUUUGCCGACCCGACCCAUCUGGCCGCCAAAGUGACGCUGUCGAGAAUAACCGGCAAUAUUCUGACCGACAUCUACCGGAUUCGGAGACCAGGUCAGCAGCAUAACUUUAUCCAAAGUGUGCAUAAGAUCUUGACCAGCUUGAGGUCGUGGAGUGAUUCUCUGUCCCCAAACUGGAGAGUAGAUCAGAACGGUCAACCGAUCUUCAACGGCUACCGGCCGGCAGCUUCGUUACAUCUCCACUUUAACCAUGUAAGCAACCAUUCGUCCUCCCAUCUAAUCACUCAUAAAUAUAUGACAACUGACCACGGUUGAUAGUGCAUUAUACUUACGACUC